UUGUACUAAUCCAACCAAUACGGUAAAUGGCUGCGCUUCUACAACCGUACUGGAAGGAAGGAAAGCGCGAGCAACCAGCUGUAACCACAGAUCAGAUUCAGUUAAGACAUGGACAUAACCUCCUCAUGGAAACAACAGCUUCUGGGAUUUGGCAGUGGAAUUUAAGAUAGAUAGAAACUUUAUACCUACCCCUCCUUUCACCUUUGGACACCCUUAUAAGCCCAACGCCAUAUUAUGUUACACUCCUUUAUAGCUCUUUGUUUGCUUUUGAUUAUUAGUCAUUCACUACCAUGUAUGGCUUGCAAAACACCUGUUUACACAUCCAGGAAACUGAAUGGUUGUUGCCAAACCAGUUUUGUAAACGGUAGCCUGUACUUUCUAAUUUACACAAGAAUGCACUGAAGACAACCUAAAUAACUUUUAUCCUAUCAAAUUGUAAUCUUCCACCCAUACUCUAAUCCUUCACAAAUGCCUCGAUGGAAAGCUAUUGCAAGCCAGCAUUUGCGUUGGUCCAGCCCUGUUGCUCAGGGACUAGUCCUAAGCGUUGUUACAUUUUGCAUCAUUCUGCCGCUAGUGUGCCACAGAAAGCUGUACUCGUAUUAUUUCAUGAAAUCCUUUUACUUGGAUUCCUUGAGCGAUGAUGUGUUACAAAAGAGUUAUGAAAGGGGGCAGAAUGCUUUGCAAUAUUGGGAGGACAGCUCUACAAAGUCCUCUUCCGACUUCAGAAACAUCGCCAAGGAACCUGAGCUGUUGGUCACUGUGGUUACAGCGAGGCGAACUGAGGGGAGGAACUUCCACUACCUGCUCCAGGUGAUGCAACAGCUAGCCAGUCUCCUGAGAGGCUGUGAGGGGCAGAAACAGUGUGCAGAGGUGUUGGUCUGUGACGUGGAAAGUGGUCCCCUUGACAACGAGGAUGCUGCCUUACUGGAGAGCCAGUUCCGGGUGGUGCGGCGCUCCCCGGAGGAAAAGUGGAGAAGCAGAGGCCACGUGAACACCUUCGAGAGGGAGAAAAGAGACUAUGUUUUUUGUCUUCGAAAAGGAUGGGAGCUGGUUAGACCCAAAAAUGUUGUUGUCAUUGAGGACGAUGCCUUACCUCUAAGCGACUUCUUCCCUGUCAUAAAGAACUUGCUUUCUCGACGGUUUGCGCUCCACACACUUUACAUUAAGCUCUAUCAUCCUGAGAGAUUGCAACGGUACUGGAACCCAGAACCAUAUCGCAUCCUGGAAUGGGUUGGACUAGGACUAGUCGGGGCCACGUUCGUCCUCCUAACCUUGCUGCACUGCAACCCUUUCUCUUUCACAUUCUCCUUCUCUGCCACCCACAUCCUUUUCUUCACCUUGUACUUCAUGGCUGCUAUCGAGCUCACCGGCAGGCAUUAUCUUCUGGAGGUCCGGCGAAUAUCACCCCACCUCUACGCAGUUUCGCCGGCCACCGAGUGCUGCACCCCGGCUAUGCUCUAUCCUGGUAACUCCUCCCUCAGAGCAGCAGAUUACCUAGAUGGAUCAUUCUGCAUCAAGGGCAAUGCUAAGGAUAUGGUCCUGUAUCAGAUGGCCAGGACCAUACCUGGGGAGAGAGGUCACAGCCUCGAACCCAACCUCAUUACCCAUAUUGGUGCUUACUCCUCUGUACGCUCCAACCCAUCCAGGCCCAGACUUCUAUGAGUAGGCUUUUCGGAAAACAAACGCUCUAUCCUUUCCCUUAUGCACUAAUGUAGGCCUACGAAGAUUACACUAAUCUCAGCAAUAUAUUGCCAGUUUCCACCACACCUUUUGAAAAGGAAGGUGGGUGGCUACUAUUGCGGUUCAUCUUCUUACUUCAGAUAUACAUGAAGUGACCAGUGCUCCAAGGUCUAGUGUUUUUUUUUGUUUGUUUUUUACCAUUAACCAUUGUGCAGGGAGAUGUAUGUUAGCACUCCAUACAGAUCAAAACUAGAUCUAAUGUCAGUGUCUAAUAACAUACUUUGGAAUAUUUUAGGCUAAGAAUGCAUUUUAAGCAAAAUGUAUGUAGAUAUCAGUGCUGUACUUGCCACAAUUAGUGAGAUUAUCACUGGUUUUAAUGAAUGUUUAAAUCAAACAUGCUGUAGCCUAGUAUCUCUAUAUUUAUUGAUUUCCUCUAUGUAAGACAUCUUUGUACUUUUGACUAAAUGUUUUUACUGAUUGAUUGCCCCUUUUCCAAAAAGCCUAAAUCAUGUAGUUUAAUGUUUAAUUAUGUAAAAAAAGAAAUAUCUUCUUGGCACCUUAUCAUUUAUUGAGCACAAUGUACAAUUUUAACUAUAGCCUACUAUUAAAAGCAUUGACACAUUUAUCAUUGGAUUUUUUACUCAAAAUACAAUUGACUUUUUCCAAACACUGACCAUAAGAAUGUUAAUACUCAAAGCAAGUAAAUACGUUUAAAAAAUGUUUGGAUG